AUGGAUCAAUGGUUGCGUUCCUCGACCGUGAAAGCGACGCUUCCCGCCUGCUCCACAAGCAAAUUGUUCAAAUCCGAGGAGAAGUCUCGUUUACAUCCGAGUACCAAUAUCGAGAGAGACCAAUCCGAUGCCAUAACUGCCAGCAAUACGGACAUAGACGGUCCCAAUGCAAACACCCUAAGGUCUGCGAAAAGUGUGCCGGGAACCACGGAAAACAAGAAUGCACUACACAACACGAGAAAUGCGGAGUAUGUGGAGGCGAACAUCAAGCCUCUCACCGCCAAUGCCCCAAAUGGCUAG